UAAUAAUUAAUCAUGCAGCCAUUUUUUGCGCAAUUUAAUAUGGAUUUCCGACAAUUAAUUUCUGAAGAGCCCAAUUUAUUUAAUACAAGCUUUAGUGAUUAGUAAUUUGGAUAUUUAUUAAAUAGUUUUCAAUCCUAUGACAGUGAUAUAUCAUUUUAAUUUACCAACUAAUCACCGCCAUUUAUUCAUAUUGAAAAUCCAGGAAUCUAAAUGAUAUCUAUCAUUAGAAAUGAAGGAAGAAGCGGGUAAUUGUUUUAUUAGAAAUUAGUCAAAAAAAGUAGAUUUAAGAGAUGUACACAAGAUUAAGAUAACACGAAAUACAAAAUAAUAAAUUAAAUAAAAAUGAGCCUCAUAUAAAAAUAACUGUUAUUAAAAACCAAAAUCUAUUAAAUCCCAUUUAGUAAAUGGAACACUAUAUUAAUUAAUUUGGGUAAGUAUAUUUUCUAAAUAAAGAAUGAUAGGUUCAAUUAAAAAUGCAGAUUCAGAAGAUGUUAUAAUAGGAAGACAAGAGAAACUUGAAAACUAUUAAGGUUAAUUAAUAUUUCCGAAUGACAUAAGUACAUAUAUUAAUAAUUUUAGUUUUAAGAGAAACUGAGAGACUGAUUUCUAGAAUUCAUUGCAAAAUUAUCUUUAGAAACUUUUUUAGGAUAGAAACUUAAAUAUCACCAUUAUACAAAUAAACUUUAAGUUAAUUAAAAUUGCCUUAUAAUAUAAUUUAAAGAAUUAUUUUAUUUUUAGAGUAUUAUAAUAUAAUAUUUAAGGGAACCAAAAGAUUGUUAUGUCUAAGAUAUAGGUAGUGUAUUUGGAACACAUAUUAAAAUAGAUAGAAACUAUUCUCCAAUAAAAAAAUAUUAGUAAUAUAGUAUAGGGAGUGAAACUACAAUCUAGAUUCUUGAAAUUCAUAAUUUAGGAUCUGAAUAAAAAGAAAAGGAUUUAGAAUUUGAUAAACUGAUAUCAAAAUUAAGAAACAUUAAAUAUAAAUGUUCUUUGUAAGGAUUAGAUUUAAAACUUUAUGAAAGAGCAUUAUAAGCAGAAUUAAGUUUCGAUUAAAUUCUAUAAAAUUUAAAAUCUUAUAAUAUUCCAUUUAUUAUAAUGAAAUUUGGAGGAUCUGGAGUAACCGAUAAUAAUUAGAAUAUAUUUUUUGCUAAGGACAUUUCAUCUAUUUUUUCAAUAGGAAGAGGAAAUGAUAAUAAUAUCAGAAUAAAUUCAAAUACAAUAUCUAGAAAAUAAACUAGAUUCAGAUUUAAUCAAAAGUAUUAAUUUUUAAGAUAUUUAAAGAGAAAACAAUUGGGAAAUUGCAGAUGGAAGUUAAGAUAAAGAAUCAGCAAAUGGAACUUGGAUGCAAUUGUAAACUAUACAAGAAAGAGAUUAAAAACAUGAAUCUAAAGUAUUUCCUUUAAAGCAUUUAUCUGAAAUUAAAAUAAGUGAAUACAUUUUAAAAGUUGAACUUUUCAAAGGAAAGUAUAUUUUUUAUUUAUAUAAUAAGUUAAAAAGAUAAAGCUAGAUAUGAUGUAAUGAAAUCUUUGUUAUGA